UAUACUUUCACGGAUCGCUAGUUUAGAAGAGAUCCCGGACAAAGCAAUGGAACAAUAGAAGGCAUAGCUUUGAGUACACAGCUACAGCGACGAGAAAGCUUGUUGAUAUCCUGUGCAGUUGCAACAUACCAACUGUUCCAUUUCUCCAUGUCCCAGAGAAUCCCUCGGAAAACCUACACCCGGCGUGUCGGAUGUCACGACGGUCCAGUACCGGCAAGACCCAAUUUUUCAGGAUAACAUGCCUCCUCCUUCGUAUUUUCCUCGGGAGAAUCGGCGGGCUGCAACGAUCAGUCAGCAUGGAGUUUUUCUCGAGGAGGUGAGACUUCAAGGAACGCCUCGUGUCUACAUAGGUCCUUUCAAACGCCGGCAGCCUGUGUGUGUCCGACUGUCAAACUCAAAGCUAUGCUAUCAGAUCCCACUGAAGAGAAUCCUCAAUCCAAGGAAUUUCGUCUACUUGGUGUUGGGUUGUUUUGUUUUUGUCAUAUUGGCAAAUGCGCGUUUGAGAAAGUCUGUCAUUACUGUAAACAACCAGCUGCGACCAGUGAAGGAACUAAUCGAAAGAUCACAUGACGGCCUACGUCACAACGCCUUACAGCCACUGGCUCAGGACAACCAGCCUUUGUCGAAUGCAUCGCGGUUGGGAAUGGCAUACAGUCCGCGAAACAACUCGACGAGAUGGCCAUUGACGAAACCAGGUCAAGCAUUAUCCAAUCACACAGCCCGGAACGACUCCUCGACGCAGCCAUUGGCCAAACCGGGUUCAGCCUCAUCCAAUCAUGAAGCCGGACCAUCAGGCAAGCAGCCAAGAGUCGUCCUUUUGGUCACUAAUCAAGGCUUUGUGGAUUUCACCGAGAACUUGAUGCGAAGCAUGGAGAGAGCCAGCUCCCAUCCCAACAUUACCAUAAUUACCGAGGAUCAGGCAUCAUUUACCAAUUUCUCCAUUCGCCAACCAAGAGUGCACGUUAUAAAAACACCAGAUUUAAAGAGCGUGCCUGAGAAGCAAGACGCUUUUGAUUUUGGUGUCAAAGGUUACGUGCAAUUGAUCAACCGGAGGCCAGGUUAUGUUCUAGGUUUCUUACAGAAGGGUUUUGAGGUCUUUUUUGUCGACAGUGACUCUUUCUGGUUUAAGGACCCAUUUCCUUACUUCCAAGGCGACUUCGAUGUCGCUUACCCAAAAGACGCUCCCUGGGCUUACAACGCGGGUAUUGGGUUCUACAAACCCACGGCAGCCUCCAUCAGAUUCCUUAAACACUGGAUACAAACCAUGGCAACCCAGGCCAAAACGAAGAAGCCCCAAAUUGACCAGUUUGUCAUGAAUUCUAUCAUACGUUCCAGACGAAUUCGAGGUCUUCGUGUCAGGCACUUGAAAGACAUCAACUUUCCUUGUGCCAAAUACUACUCGAAGACACAGAAAUGCGACAAUUACACAACCGAUACGGUCCUUGUUCACGCUGCUUAUUUGGCGGGACAUGAGCUGAAGAAAACUAUGUUUGAGCAAUGCAAGCUCUGGCUCUUAUAGAAAAGAAUAAAUCAUAAUGGCUUUUGGAUUUUAGUAAAAUAGCAUAUUCUAGUAUCACACGACCACUGUAUUCACUUGCCAUUGAGUCCUGAUAUGCAGUAAGACACGUUCGUAACAGAAGAAAUAGCCAAUGGCUUCUGCAGGUUCGUGUGUUCUUGCCAGCCAUAGCCGGUUCAUCGCACGCGGCUUCGAUGUCCCCUCUCCCCACGGACAUGAAUCACUCAUUAGAGUCGUCGAAAUUACUGCACUAUAUACCGAGACUUUAUUCUCAAAGAAUUUUUGCUCGUUACUUGUUACAAAUUUUAGCAAAGGGGCAAAGAAUAUGCUGUAGUUUAUUUUAUGACGAUGCGACAGUUGUUAUGGUUAGUUUUCAUUUUUUUUAAAAAAAACGUUUUCAUUUCUUUUUUAUAUUAAGCGUUGCACUCGGCUUAACACACCGUUUGUAUAUUUUUCAUGGUUGGUUUUUAAUGGAAUUUUUUUCAAUGAUCCUUACAUAGGACCUUGUAAUUUCCUUUUAUGUAGAUAAUGUGCCUGAGCUCGAUCAGCUAUAGUUUUGUCCAGUUCUUUUCAACCUGUUUUUUUUUUGGGGGGGGGUUCUGGGAAAUGAUUCCUCAAAAAUAAAAUGUAACGUCAUUAUGAUGUCCUUCCAUAUUUUUAUGAAUUGUUUUAUUUUUUCUCAUUUUGUCGUACUUUUCAACCGAUUUUCUAAAUUCAAUAAGGGACAUGACUACCUUCGAAGUUCUGUGUGUAAGACCUUGGAUACAGUUUGUUGAUGUACAGCAUUUUGAAAAUUUUCCCUGAAGGUAUGAAGGUAAUUCUUAAAGUGUGGCUGCAAUGAACGUUUAUUCAGACACAACUUGGUUUGUAAUUUUUGGACUUUUCUUCAGUUAAUGAGAAAAAUUUGACACCUCUGUUAUGUUAAACGCGUUGAACGUGCACUUUUUUAAGCACUUCAAAUUAUCUAUGCCUUCCAGGAAACUGCAAAUUUUUUAAGUAGUAGUUUUUGUGCACUAACCAACGUUACCUUGAGGUUUUCUUCCAGGGAUGGGAUGGCACGCAGUUUUGCUCGUUAAUAUGGAAAUAUCAUUAACAUAAAACCAAAAAGUAGCCGAACAUUCUUUGGAAUGGUGGAACAAAAUUUGAAAAUGAGGUUUCCUUGGACAAACUGAAGCAUGUUGAAGUUUGUAUCUGGAACAUUUCCAUUGCAUCUACCCUUUAAUACACAUAAGGCAGUAGCCUAUUUUGAUCAUCACCGGUACUGAUAGGUUCACUUGGCAAGUACACGAAUAGUCAAACAUUAUGUUGUGAUAAUGCUACCACAUGGUGUGAAUUGUUUAUAUUGGGUUGUUUUCGUCAUGUGAAUAUUUCUUUAAAAGUACAAUGUACAUGGCGCCGUUAUAGUGAGGUGCUUACAGAGAGAGUAGUGUAACUCCACUCAUCCACGAGGGCCCGUCAUGGACAGGAAUUCUUGCUGAACUUAUCUUUUAAUGCAUAGAAAUGCUGGUGCUUUUUAUACGCAUUCAUGCGCUACUUUCGUCGCCUAAAGUGAAUUUCCUUGUACCGCAAUUUUUGCGGAAAUAAUGACCGUCGUGCAUGUGACUAGCUCUCGGCCAAUCAAGAUACAAAACCCGUUGUCGACGCAUCGUAAUGGCGAUUAGGGCCAUAUGAGGAAACGCGGACACAUUUCCUGAUCCAAAAAGCAAUCCAACCCCGAAAAUCUCUUCUCCAAAGUUUUAUUACUGGGCCUGAAUUGGCAGAGUCGGUAGAAGACAAACAUGCCUCCUCCCCUGGAGAUUCAACACGCCGCAACGACUGUUAAGCAUGUGGUUAUCAUGAAGAAAGUCGAACUACGAGAAAGGCCUCGUGUGUACGUACGCUCUUCCACUCGCCAGUUGCCCGUGUCUGUCCGGCUGUCGCAGCUAUGCUAUCAGCCAGUAGUGAAAAGCCUUCUGCAAUCGACAGCUUUCGUCUAUUUGGUAUUAGGUUGUUUAGUUUUUUUCAUAUUUGCAAAUGCGGAUUUGAGCAAGUCAGCCGUUCCUGCAAAACACCAGCUGCCACCAAAAAGAGAGCAAUUCGAAAGCUCACGUGACAGCCUACAUCACAAUUCAUCACGGCCAUUAGCUGCGAGUAACCAGUCUUUAUCAAAAUCCCGAAACGACUCAACGAGAUGGCCAGGUCAAGCAUUUUCCAAUCACAAAGCCUGGAAAGACUCCUUGAGGCAGCCAUUGGCCAAGCCAGGUUCAGCCUCAUCCAGUCACGAAGCCCGACCAUCUAGUGAGCCGCCUAGAAUCGUUCUAUUGGUCACUAAUCAAGGCUUUGAGGAUUUCACCGAGAAUUUGCUGCGAAGCAUAAAGAAGGCCGGCUCCCGUCCCAACAUUACCAUAAUCACCGAGGAUCAGGCAUCAUUUAACAAUCUCACCGCUCGCCAGCCUGGAGUGCACAUUAUCAAGGCGCCAGAUUUAACGAACAUGCCCGAAAAACAAGAGGCUUUUGAUUUCGGUGUCAAGGGUUACGUGAAAUUGGUCAACCGGAGGCCUGGACACAUUUUGGGUUUCUUACAGAAGGGUUUUGAGGUGUUUUCCGUGGACAGUGACUCCUACUGGUUUAAGGACCCCUUUCCUUACUUCCAAGGCGACUUCGAUGUCGCCUAUCCAAAAGACGUUCCCUGGGCUUACAACGCGGGUAUUGGAUUCUACAAACCCACGGCAGCCUCCAUCAAAUUCCUUAAACACUGGAUACAAAUCAUGGCAACCCAGGCAAAAAUGAAGAAGCCUCAACUUGACCAACGUGUCAUGAACACCAUCAUAAGUUCUAGACGAAUUCGAGGUCUUCGUGUCAGGCACUUGAAAGACAUCAACUUUCCUUGUGCCAAAUACUACUCGAAGACACAGAAAUGCGACAAUUACACAACCGAUACAGUCCUUGUUCACGCUGCUUAUUUGGCGGGACAUGAGCUGAAGAAAACUAUGUUCGAGCAAUGCAAGCUCUGGCUCUUGUAGAAAAAAAAGGACUACCUGAGAACUUGCCCAUUAUCCGUAUGUCAUGUGUCACAAUAAUGAAAUGUUAUUUUUAUGAAGAUUUCAGUCAUGAAAGCAAGUGGAGCUAAAUCCUGGUUUUGGUUAAGAUAUUGGUAUCAGUCACGGCCGUAACGCCAAUUGAUGGAACAGAGCGACUGUAUACAUCUGUGAGAACUGGCUACAACCAGCAGGCUGUGACUUCCGUAUCUGCCUGGAGCAGUAGCACCCCCUCAUCGGCUAAAAGAGCCAUGUUGGUGGGAAGUGUUCAUUUUUGGGUGGUAGUGACGCGACUGUAACACGUGCAUUUCAUAUAAUCGUCGUGAACCGGCGAAGAACAGUUCGCAUCAACGGAGCCUCCAUCGCUGAGAAAAUUGCAUCCUCUCUUGGUCCAGCUUGGAGCUCAUAAUGCUCGUGUUUUGCCUGAAUAAUUUGGACCCACUCCAGUAAGCAGUGUUGACAGUUUGCUUUCUAAACCUUAAGAUCCCGAAUAUUUUGAGAUAUCUGUAGCCGCAAAGGUCAUGUGACUAACUCCUCUCGUUCCCGAAAUUUUCCGAUUCCGCUGAUUUCGGGGUGUACCUCGUUGCAGAUUUCCCCGAUAGUUUUCCACGAAGGUACCAAUUCCUCGGUCUUUCUUGGUAUCUCUGAGCAAAUUGACCUCCACUUUUAGGCAACUUUGAUCAUGUUGACUGCUCAGAAUCUAACGGACGUCGUGCCACCCGAGAAGAAGAAAUAAUCCUAACUUCUGCUUUCUCGAUUCAGUUUCAUAGCGCUGAUUUAAGUUGAGGCUUGAUGUGAUUCUCAGAGACCAGAGCGGUAAGCACAUCAGACAAGCUUGACCCUGCAGGAAGAAAUGUUGCUUUAAUCAGGGUCAUGCAAUAGCACUCUGCGAGGCGCAUGCAAAUGUAAGAUAAUGUGAAUUGUGAGAUUAUGCUUAAAGGGUAGUUGCAAUAAAUUUGUUUUAAACAAACCUUCAGAAUGCACCUUUGUGUCUCAGAUGACCUCAUUUUCAACUUC